AUGGCCAUCAACAGCAGACUGGUGAUCGUUGGCACUACCUAUCAGCCCAACCCUCCGCUCUUCUCUCAACUCUGCAAAAUUGAGCACCUUAUCAGCGGAAGUCGCCUUGCUCCCGCAUGUGUUAAUGUCAUCUGUGCUCCAGAGCUAGGGGCGUCUCUGGCAUUGGAGGUGCUAUGGGAUACGACUGUCGAAGUGCACUUCGAAGGGGCCUGGCCCCCAGUUGACUUUCGAGCUGUCGGCUUGCUUUUGCGUCGCAUCAUUGGCCCGUGGUGGGCCGUAAGGGUUGGCAGUUAUGUGACGCGGUAUCAGCACAUGCUGGCUGUGGAAUUCUUCGUGGUGCACCAUCCGGAUCAGAUUAUGGAUGAUUUCGAUUUGAAGAAGAGCCGCUUUAGCCAAAAACAUUGCGGCCCGCCGCCGAGUAUGGUGCGCAGCGAGAUGUCCUGUGUUCAUGGAUCGUCGGGCAACGACCACGGCGACACAAAUGGUGAUCCGGUUGCGAGGAACUUUGAGGUUGGUCCCUUCUCCGAAUUUAUCUCCGAACUGGUCUAUGUCCUUGCAUACUGCGAAGCACAAUUCCACAGUCUCCCAUGA